AGUAACUCUGUGAUGGGUAUUAUGUGCAUAAAACUUCGUUUGCAUUUUUAUUAUCCCUUAGUACAUAUGGAUUCUAUGAAAUAAAAUUCAUGUGUCACAGCAGGAGUGAACAUACUCAAGUAUCUCAGUGCAUUUAACCAAAUAACUUUCCAGAAAAGCUGCACCAGUUAUACUUAACACCAGCAGUAUAUGAGCAUGCCCAUGUGGCGGUCACCUCAACAGCAUGGAGCACCCCUGUUGUGCUUGCUGGUGGGUCGUGGUGGCUCACGUCUGUAAUCCCAGCACUUUAGGAGGCCAAGGCAGGCAGAUCUCCUGAGGUCAGAAGUUCGAUACCAGCCUGACCAACAUGAUGAAACCCUGUCUCUACUAAAAAUACAAAAAUUAGCUGGGCAUGGUGGUAGGCUCCUGCAAUCCCAGCUACUCGGGAGGCUAAGGCAGGAGAAUCACUUGAACCUGGGAGGCGGAGGUUGCAGUGUGAGAUCACACCAUUGCACUCCAGCCUGGGUGACAGUGAGACUCUGUCUCAAAAAUAAAAAAUAAAAAAAUGCUAAUUUACCAAGUGAAAAAUGAUCGGGAAGUUUUUCUUGAAUGAAUAAUAAAUAAUGAGAAAUCGGACUAUGAAUUAAGUAGCAUGCUAUCAUUGUUUUAUUAGUAAUAUAACUAUUACAAAUGUGAUCAAAUUUUUUUUUUAAUUAAAAGUCACUUUUUGAAGUCAACUUACCCCCAAAAAAGCAUAUUACCUUUUCCCCCCAAGACAUAGGGGAUUUAAUUUUUUUCUGUCAUUUUGAAAAAUCAAUGCCAAGAGAUAAUACCAUAUUGAGAUUUUUGACCAAAUGUUACUAGCAUAAAUUGCCCUGGUUUAAGACCUCCACUCCUUGGUUCUUGGUCCCUUCAGUUUGUGGUGUGAAUAAACAUCAUUUGUAAUUAUUUGACUAAGUCAUUUAAAACCCCUGUUCUUCAGUUUAACAUACUGUUUUGCUCCUCCCUUUCUCAUUGAGGUAUUGUAUGAAUUUAAGGGCCAUGUGAAGUAUUUGUCCCUUCUUAAAAGAUAGGCACAGGAUAUAGACUGGGUAGUAAAAUGUGGUUUGGGUUUCUAGUGUUUUUUAUGCUUCCAGGUACCCAGAACCUUAAAUUGUACUUUGAGCUCCUCAGAAGAAAGGUGCUCCAGGCAUCUAAGAGAAUACCGUUGGGGUGAUACAAAUUCGUAAGCUAACACUGAAAUCUUAAAAGUUUAAAAAUAUUAAUGCAUUUGUAUGAUUUAUUUUUCAACUGAGUAUGUCAAAGCACUUUAUAAACGAGUGUUGUCCAUAGUUUGUACUGAUGGGGAAACUGAGGCAUGGGGUGAUAAGGUGACUGGCCCAAGGUUACAAAAUGAGUUAUUGACAACUCUGGAAAUAGAGGAUUUUUUUAAUUCACAUAUUAGAUAUAUGUGGGCAUUGGCAUUCAAAGCUUCCCUCAUGCUAUUUCCUUUAGUCCUGUCCUUUGGGGACUUGCCUCUGAGGGUAGUUCAGGUUUCCUGGCUUGUUCAGCCUUUUGUCUCUGUAGAGGCUUCCAGCAAGCUGACAAGUUACUGCCAAAAGUGAGACAGAUGGUAUUUUUUAUGAUGUUGUCCUUAGUUAGAGACUGUUAGUGAUUCUUCUCCUCAGGCUACUCUUUGAAAAGCUGUAAGGUGGUAUCAGCUUUAUCGUGGUUGGCUGAGGAAGGAUUUGUACAAGUAAAUGUUCUCUGCCCUAUUGUCAUUCCUAGGGUCAUCUGGUCUCGGAGUACCCUGAAGGUGAGGGAUUAGAUUGUGCUCUGAAUUGGUAUGCCCAUAGUUUGAGGAAAUGUUUUACUUUUGUGUGUGUUGAGAUGAAAGUCUCCCAGGCUAAAGAUUUUUGAACUGCACAUAAUGCCUGAAGAAACACUUGAAAGGCACUUUAUUUCUCCCAGGUCCCCAACCAUGGGUUUAGGCUUUUAUGCCAGAAAGGGGACCUUCAUGAACAAAGACCCCCAAGACCUAGAGAGAAGAGGAAGUCUGAAAGAGGGAGGUUUGAAUUCAGCCUUCAGGAAAGAAGAGGGCAGAGCAGGAGGCUCAGGCAAGGAAGUCAGGAACCACAGACCAGAAGCAUUGACUUGGAAAGGUUUUCAUGUAAUUGAAAUGAAGCUAUUGAUUAAUCCAUUUUAAAAGAAUUUGAAAAAUUCAUUAAAAUGUCAGUAGCAUCCACUAAUUAAUAAAAGCAUAGGGAGUGGCAUCUUUAAAACCAAAAAUGAAAAUGAAGAAACAGACUCCAGCCCAGGGACCAGGGACGAUUAUGAGGGACAUGGUGCCUCAUACAGCCAAGAUGAUCCAAGAGGCAUCAUCUUUAUGAAGCUUUAACACCUGGCAGCCUGCUCAUUGUGUUGUUUAAGAGGUAAGUAUGAACUGGUUUUGUUUGUAGCUUUUGUGUGGAAUCAGGUAGUGCUGUCUGCAGAGGGUAAACCUUUAUUUCAUUAAGUAGGAAUAACAGACACGGUAAUUCUGUAUUAAAUCCCAAGAGUUUUAUUCUAAAUUGGUAAUGUGACUUUCAUCUCUGGAGUUUUUUCAAAUCGUUUUUAAUAUGUGGUUGAGUCUCCAUGAACUUUUAGUGCGUCAUCAGGGAAUAGUUGAUUCCCCUCUUUUGAAACCUUUGGAUUUCAUUUACCCUUAGUGUUGAAAAGUAUCAGAAAAUUGAAAUGGAUGCAGAUGAUUGUAUCUGCCCUCCCUUUCAGGAAAGCCGUGUUGACUUUAAAAUAUCAAAAAAGUAAGUUCAGUUAUGAUUGCAGGGGAUAAUGAUAGUUUGAUCCACAAACUAUUUGCAGUGUAAAAGUGAGAUACCUUAGCUGACUUAGUUCAUUUUUGAAAGUUUUGGAUAGCUAAAACAAAGUUGGCAAAUAGGCUCAUAGAGCAGUUACAGAGUAAGACUAAAUUUUGAUACAGAUUCCUCUCUACCUCCCAUUCUGGGAGGAUUUAGUUUUACUGUUUGGUGUUUAGGAUAAUGAUUGUUCUAUUUUUCUCAACCCACUAUGUGAAUAUGUUUUCUGUUAGAGAUGGGCUGUUAUCUGCAAUGUGGACUCAAUACCAUGGGCUUGAGUUUGGUUAUUUCAUCAUUAGAGAAUUUUUUUCAGCAGUUGGUUUACUUUAUGAGAAAGGAUCAUGAGUUUAAUUUUCCUAGUGAUAUAUUUGUGUUCUCAUUGUCAAGAUAUGUUUCUUAAUGAUUUGUUACCUUUUUCUAUUUUCCUAGACUAGUAUUAAAAUUUUGAUAGCAUAUGGGUUUGGUUCCACUUGUAGAGAAUAAAUGUUCACAACUUACUGAUAUUAGCACACAUCACAUGCAGAAAUGGUGUUUUCUUGCCACUUACUCUUUCUCAUGAGAUGCUUAUAUUCCUGUGGGCAUUUGUCUUCCACGCUACAGCACGUAAUUUGAUGAAACAUUUUCUGUGCAAGAGCUUGUGUUUCUCCAACUCUGGUUUUAUGGACCACGUCUUUUCAUUGGUGUAUAGGAGGCGGUUAGAACGUGGUGGUAGAAUGCAGGUUUUAGGUUACCUGGAUGUGAAGAAUCCCAGGUCUUUGGGGUAGCUUUGGAAGUUAUCAACUCUUCUAAGUUAGUUUCUUGAUCUGUCAGAUGACAGUAAACCUCAGAGUUGUGAAAAUUAAAUGGAUAUAAUGUGUGUAAAGCACUUAGCGUAAUGCUUUAUACAUCGUAAAAUUUUGAAAAAUAGGAGUAGUUAUUACAGAGAAAUUUGAAGAAGAGGCGUAGUGGGCUGCAUGUUAAUAAUAGUUUGUAGUUAAUGAAAAUUAAAUCACAUCAUCUUAGAUGUUUAUCAUCUGCAUAGUACUUUUCUGGUUGCUGCUUUAAUCUUUGUAUAGUUGAAAGUCUGUAAACUUUCUAGUAUUCUUUGAUUUCUGGCCCAUUUCCCUCCUACCAUUCACGCUUAUAUUUUUUGGUUCGAGUCACCAUUCCUUGCAAAACUAAUUAAAUACAUUCCUAAACACAUGAUAUUGCCAAUAUUCAUUCACAUCCACCACGUCUAGGUCCAAGUCUUCAUCUUCUUUAUGCUGGUCUAAUUUUUGAUGAGCCUUAGAACCAAAGACAGACUCUGGGGGUUGAUAUGGGACCUCCAGAAUGGGGAUUGCACAGAAUAAUCUUAUUUUUCCUCUAUUCUUCUAGUCUGUUAUGUUCUGAACCCACACAUGUUUUCGGAAGGACCAGAUGGCUGACACUGGCUAAUGGGAACCAAAAGACGAGUGAAAGUAACCUGGUUGUCACAUACCCCCAGCUUAGAGGUGCUUCACCCUGCCCCAAGAUACGGUUUUGUGGAGUUUGAUGAUCUGCGUGAUGCAGAUGAUGCUGUUUAUGAACUGAACGGCAAAGACCUUUGUGGUGAGCGAGUAAUUGUUGAGCAUGCCCGCGGCCCACGGCGAGAUGGCAGUUACGGUUCUGGACGCAGUGGAUAUGGUUAUAGAAGAAGUGGCCGAGAUAAAUAUGGCCCUCCUACUCGCACAGAGUACAGACUUAUUGUGGAGAAUUUGUCAAGUCGGUGCAGCUGGCAAGACCUAAAGGAUUAUAUGCGUCAGGCAGGAGAAGUGACUUAUGCAGAUGCUCACAAGGGACGCAAAAAUGAAGGGGUGAUUGAAUUUGUAUCUUAUUCUGAUAUGAAAAGAGCUUUGGAGAAGUUGGAUGGAACUGAAGUCAAUGGCAGAAAAAUCAGAUUAGUUGAAGACAAGCCAGGUUCCAGACGACGCCGGUCCUACUCCAGAAGCCGGAGUCAUUCAAGGUCUCGCUCUCGAAGCAGACAUUCCCGUAAGAGCAGAAGCCGAAGUGGCAGCAGCAAAAGCAGUCAUUCUAAGAGUAGAUCCCGGUCCAGGUCGGGCUCCCGCUCCCGGAGCAAGAGCCGGAGCCGGAGCCAGAGUCGGAGCCGGAGCAAGAAGGAGAAAAGCAGGAGCCCCAGCAAGGACAAGAGCCGCAGCCGCAGCCGUAGCGCUGGCAAGAGCCGCAGCAAGAGCAAAGACCAAGCUGAAGAGAAGAUCCAAAACAAUGACAAUGCCGGGAAACCCAAGAGCCGGAGUCCUAGCCGGCAUAAAAGUAAGAGCAAAAGUCGGAGCAGGAGUCAGGAGAGGAGAGUGGAGGAGGAGAAGCGAGGGAGUGUGAGCAGGGGCAGGAGCCAGGAGAAGAGCCUCCGCCAGAGUCGGAGCCGGAGCCGGAGCAAAGGGGGCAGCAGGAGCCGGAGCAGGAGCCGCAGCAAGAGCAAGGACAAGAGGAAGGGCAGGAAGAGAAGCAGGGAGGAAAGCCGUAGUCGCAGCCGCAGCCGCAGCAAAAGUGAGAGGAGCAGAAAGCGAGGCAGCAAGCGAGACAGCAAGGCCGGCAGCAGCAAGAAGAAGAAGAAGGAAGACACUGACCGCUCCCAGUCCAGAUCUCCAUCCCGCUCCAUGUCAAAGGAGCGGGAACAUGCCAAGUCUGAAUCCAGCCAGAGGGAAGGUCGAGGGGAGAGUGAGAAUGCUGGCACCAAUCAGGAGACCCGGUCCAGGUCGAGAUCCAAUUCCAAAUCGAAACCAAACCUUCCAUCAGAAUCACGCUCCAGAUCAAAGUCAGCUUCAAAAACCCGAUCUCGGUCCAAGUCUAGAUCCAGGUCUGCUUCCAGAUCACCCUCCCGAUCUAGAUCUAGGUCCCACUCAAGGUCCUAACUGGCUACGGCCACAGCUGGAACUACCCGAGAAGUCUUUUGUACAUGUUUGGUAGCCGUAGCACAAGUGAUUGGAGUAGAACAUGUCACUGCUGUACAUUUUUAACUCCCCUAAUGGUGUGUCUAUAAUUGUUAAAUCUAAGUGCUUCCUCUCAGUAAAGCCUCCUGGCGCCAGGCCUUCCUGCUCGACUGAAAAAAAUUUUCUCUUUGAAAAUCCCCUUUUACUCAUGGCCCACAGUAGAAUAUCCAAAACGCCUUGGCUUUCAGGCCUGGCCUUUCCUACAGGGAGCUCAGUAACCUGGACGGCUCUAAGGCUGGAAUGACCACGUAGGUAGGUAUGGUGAGUUCAACCAUUUUUGCUCUUGAAUUGAUGCCCUUCGAUGUAUGCCAUUUAGUGAAAGUGCUAAGUCUUAAGUUUCCUACCACUUUGGUUUCAUAUUUUUGGACUUAACAAAGUUGUGAAUAGCACAGUCGAGGAAAAUUGAUACCUGCAGUAACCCAUAGGAAAUAAACUGUAGAGUUCCAUAUUCUGGUAUUGUGAUUAUAUUGUUUUAUAUUAAAAAAGAAAAGAAAAGAAUUUUUUUUAAUUUUAUUUUUCCCCGUCUUGCAAAGUAUAGUGACCCCUGUUUCCAUUAAAUUUGAAUAAAGACUAUUUUUGCUUGACAAAAUUUCA